CAAAAGACACUGCGGCAUGCCUUUAGUGCGCCGGCAUGUGGGAUGCCUUCUGAUUGGCAUUCUGCAGAUAUUGCUUUUGCUAUCCCAUUCGCAGCGCUUCAACUGUGAAACUGCGACAUGUGCGAAACAUGAUGUCUGGACCAAUGUCUCAUUUCCAAAUUCCACCGAAGUUUGCGAGCAGCUUCAGAUCAACGCUCUGUCGGACUUCCUUGACGAGUUUCCUCGGCAGUGCCGCGAAUUUGCUGCAGCUGGACUGGGUCCUUGGAGUGACUGCCGAAGAAGGUAUUGUCAAAGCUUGGCAGACCUGGCCGGAAACUUGUCACAUAUGGGGCAGAAUCUGCAUUAUGGAGAUGAUGAAUGCCGACCGCUGGUGAAUUUCAACCAAACUCUUUGUGAGACAUCCUACAGAGACGCGGAAGCUUUUUGUGAAUGCCUGUGUCCGACCAUGGGAAGGUUGCAAAUUCCAACGGUGGGGGGCUGCGAGCGAAAGAUUCUGGAAUUCUUAUUCCUUGGACGGAGAGGUUAUGAGCUCAGCCUGAAGUAUCAGCUGAGUGGCUACUGUGCAGGCUUCAUCUGUGAGCACUUUACCAUACUGGGGGAUCCGAACCCUGCAUAUCCUGUUGCGGGCAUUCCUCCCACUUGCAAGAAGUUGGAUUUGCCCUGGCGCUUGUACAACUGUAAUGAGUUGUUCUCAAGGAAGCCUUAUGAUCCACUACCCUGGGAGACGCCAUUUCCAGAAGACAGCGUUUUGGAAUGCACCGAUGGAUCCAGGCACCAGGUGGACAUUCGAGAGGUUGACAAAUGGGCUGUUUGCGGCGAUCACAAAUUCCGGUGGCGAUGUCCUCAAGACUAUCCCUUCAUGUGUCGGGACCCCUAUGGCUGUCUAGGCGACCAUUGUUGCAGAGAAACACUCGGGGAGUGCCCAGCCGGUGAACGAAUUUCAUCCAUCAUGCUGAGUCUGGAGUUGCCUGAGUGGGUUGGCUUUCUCCCGCCUGAGUUAGUUGCAUUGAUGGUAACCACCACUACUAUGGACCCAGAGCAAGCCUUCUUGCUCAACCUUCGAACAACCAGUGCCGGACCGAGUUUCGCACAGCAAAUCGGAGACUAUGCCUGGGCUGGAAGUGCUGUUCUGGUGGUGAUUGGCUUGACAAUGUCAUGUUUGGCUUGUUACUACAUGGGUAUGAUCAAUGCCGGAUACAUGAGGAAGGUGGUCAUCGGCCCUGCCCGUUUGUUGAAUGCCUACCACGCCGAUCCGGUGACCUUCUUCGCUUCGGGCAAUCUGCCCAGGAACAAGAAGAGAGAGGCACCGCUGCCCCCAAUGAGACCUGCACAUGAGAUCGAAGAGGAACGACGAGACAAUGACGCCAUUAGCUCUCUGGCGGAUGCCUGGGACCUUGCGACUUUGAAAGGAAUGCGGCAUUUGGUGUCCAAAGUGGAUGAUCCUGAUCCAAUACAAGCUAGACUACUGAAGGAUGCCAUUCGAAUUGCAACAUCAAGGGGCUUGCAGGCACGGGUGGAUCUUGUCGAGGAUCUCGUUCAAAAGGGGGAGAAGUGGCUGAGCACAUUGGAGGCGGAAAAGGAUCUACUGCGGGCUGUAGAGGACGCGCGUCCCGACUUAAGAUGGGCGGCACAAGUGAGGCUGACAAAUCCACCAGUGCUGGGAAAGCCGUGGCACGCCACAACUCAAAGCAGAGCAGCUGAGACGGAGGUGCGCAAGGCCGGUUGGAGGCACAUCGAGGACUUGAGAGCAGCUGUGCAGGCGGCAAAAAGUCAAGACAUCUCCGAGUCCCACAUGAAGCAGGCCGAAGAGCUUCUGACAGCGUUGGUGGCACGGACCCACGAGUUGCCGGCAGACCGCUGUGUGUUGGAUCCUGACGGUGAAGGUGUGAAGCUGCUUCCCAAAGGACAACACCGAGCCGUGUGGCCCAUCACAGGUGAUUCAUACACCUUCAAUGAAGGAUCAAAGGUUGGAGGCGAAAUGGGAAUGGACACGUCGGUGCCCAAAGACAUCCUAGGCGAUGCAGCUACUGAUGAUGCCCGGCCAGUCUGCGCCGAAUGGGCAAAAUCUUCCACCUGCAAAGCAGGACGUGAUUGCCCGUGGCGACACUGUAAACCUCAGGCUGGAGACUCGAUCAGAGAAUGCAUCCUUUUUGACAUGUGAAUGUCUUUUCGGCAUCUCCAUGUAUAGAUAAUGAUCCGACACCCGGGGCUGAAUACCUUGGGUGCAAUUGUAGCUCAGACGCCACAAACAACAGUGGCAAGGUGCACGCAACAGUCUCACAGGACACUCAAACAGUGUCUGCAUGGUGAGGAUUGGGACUCCAUUGGCGGGUCACAGUCUUCGCCAGAGCAAAAGAUGGGUGGCUGGCUGCUGUUCCACUUGUGUCUGGGAAUAAUGUGA